UAUAUCCAUGAGACUUUUUUCCAUUUUACUUUUUUCUCCAUUAGACUUUGAAGAAAUAAUGGUUUUAACAUUUUCUCUUUUAUAUUCUAUCCUAGAAGUGUAAUGGAUAACCUGUUAAGGAGUAGCUACCCCCUAAAUGUAUUGUAAGCCAGUCAGUGUUGGGCUUGUUGGACAUGUUACGUUGCUUAGUCUUUGCAGCAGCUUGUAGUACCUGUUCAUGAUUUCACUCUAUAGAUGAGAUAUCUUGGACUCAGGAAAGAUAACUUUAUUCCCAGAGCAAAUACAUAGCUAAUAAGUAGCAGAGUUGGGGUUCACAUACAGGUCUUUCUGGAUCCAAAGUCUCUGCCCUUUACCCUCACGAAAAUUAGUUUUUAUGUGUAGUACUCACUUCACCCCAUAUUGAACCCCUUCUUCACCUUCCAGACUACAUCUCCAUUGGCCCAGAAAAGGGUUUUUGUGAGGAGAUAUGAAGGAUGGUCAAAGGAAAGUUGAAAGUGAGGAAAUUGAGAGGUCUAAUAAAACAAUUCAGCUCCAUCAUUAGAUUUCUUUUUAUUCUUUCUUUAAUGUGCUUAUAUUAGAAACUACCUCCAGAAUUUAGUUUAGAAACAUUCUUAUGGAAAUUGCCAUUCUAUCAUUUGUGAAUUCUCAGAAUAUUUGUCCUAUAGCUUAUAUUUUAAUAUCCACUCAUGUUUGUUUCCUCCUGAUUUAUCAGGAUGGCAUUUGUUUCUGUUUUCCAUUUUCUGAGUCUGUCACAGUAUUUUAGGAUUUCUCUGAUCCAGAUUCUGUGCGAUGAGUUCAUAACCAAGAAAUCAAAGAGAUAAAAAGUCACAUGAAUUAUGAGAACAACAUGGAACAAGUGCAUAUAUUUAAAUGUCUUUAAAUGUACUUUACCAGCACAGACCUGAGACAAGUAGAGGAGGGUGGGUUUAAAUUGAGCUGGACAAUUCAGAUUGAAUGUUGUUAGAAAGAUAAUUUUUAUUUUAGGUACUUGGGAAGAUUUUCAUAAAAGACAGGCAAUCUCAGGAACUGUCAUUGAAAAGGAGGAAUCCUGAGCCUAUAAGAAGGGAAAAGGAAAGUUCUAUCCUACAGAAUGCUCAGAGAUAGCAUCUCACUUCUCUGGAAGAGGCAAAAGCGAGGCCAGAGAAUAGUAGAGAAUGAGGGAAGCGAAGAAGGAUGUGGAAGCUGAGGGUUCCUGUCUGUCGAGCUCCCCGAUGCAGUCAUGUAUCACCAAGGCCUCUGAGGGACAGAUGCCCUGAUCAAAACAAUGGCUAGAGAAAAUGCAGGUGUCAGCAUUGCUGCGCAUUCUGGGGAGGGCGCUGGCUGAGCUGGAACUUCAGCGCCGGGCAAGAAAAAUCUCGUUGGGAAGUCCUCCAGCAAGAACAACGGCUAAUGGAAGAGAAAAAUAAACGUAAGAAAGCUCUUUUGGCUAAAGCUAUUGCUGAAAGAUCUAAAAGAACUCAAGCAGAGACCUUGAAACUAAAGCGGAUUCAAAAGGAGUUACAGGCUCUGGAUGACAUGGUGUCAGCUGACAUUGGAAUCCUCAGAAACCGGAUUGAUCAGGCCAGCCUCGAGUAUUCAUAUGCUCGGAAGCGCUUUGACAGGGCUGAAGCGGAGUAUGUUACAGCAAAGCUAGAGCUGCAGCGCAAGACGGAAAUUAAAGAGCAGCUCACCGAACACCUCUGUACGAUCAUACAGCAAAACGAGCUCCGCAAGGCCAAGAAGUUGGAAGAGCUGAUGCAACAACUGGAUGUACAAGCUGACGAGGAGACUUUGGAGCUUGAGGUGGAGGUGGAGAGAUUGCUGCGCGAACAGGAAGCCGAAGCAGGGAAACAGCUGGUUCAUUUGCAGAGGCCAUUUCAGCCUUCUGGGGAGAGUGGGACAUUAGGAUUUGCUGACGAGAACAAAAAUCAUCAAGAACACGCUGCUUCCCUAAAGGUAGAUGAACAGUGUGAAAAUCCCAGCAGCUUUCCCCUUCAAAAUCCAGACAAAAAUCACGAAGUUAAAACUCCUGUAAAGGCAUUUUCAGCUGCUCUGACCACAUGAAGUGCCAGUGUUUCUUCCCUUCAGCUAGUGCGGGAUUCAGUAAAGUACACAGUCGUCGUAGGUUCCUCUGUGAGCUCGGAUAAGCGCGUCUUUAAAACGGUGUUAAUUUUUGAAUCCCUGGUUAGUUUUAGUAUAACAUGUUUGACAUUCUAAACCCUCAAAUUACGAUAAUUUUACAUAUAAGCACACAGUUCACCUUGAUCCAGGGCCAGUUCCCUUGGUGUACCCUGAUGACCGGGUGAAAACAAACAACCUAAAAAGACGGAAGAAAAACUACACGGUUAAGAGUGUUGUUGGACCAGGUAAAUAUAGAAAAGUAAAAUGGAAAAUAAUAUUCGACACCUCAUCAAACUCAUUUGACUUCUCCUGGGAGAGAGGUUGAUGAUAAGAGUCCUAUUUUAUGUAGUCGGUGAAGAGGCACCAAAAUUAACAUGUGAAAAAGAGGCAGAAGGAGAAAAAAAUCACAAAAGUAGCAUGUUGAAUUGUCUGUUGGAUCUUACUAGAGCUGCAAAACAUAGCUUGGGAUUUGCAGUUUACGAAAGACAGAUAGCUUAAGUAAUGUUAUUUUGUCUUCAAUUUGCCUUUUACAUGGCUUUAAUUCACAACCUGAGUUUUGAUUAGUUGAUACACACACAAGUAUACCUUAACUAAUACAUGUAAUUUUACUAUUAAUUUAUUGUUUUUUCUUUAAUCAGCACAUUGAUUAAAUUUAGACAACGAAAACAUUUCUACAAUGAGGGUGAAAAUAAAACAAAAAGCCUAUCAAAACAAUUCAUAUGCUUUUUUAUGAAGUUAUUUGUAAAUAUGUGUUUCUGUUCUACUUGAUGCUUGUCAUAAAGUAUUAAUUAUCCUGUCAGAAAGCAAUGUUAAAAUGGUGAUUUUCUUAGUAUUUUAAUAGUUUGUUAAUUACUGUCAUUAAUAUUUGACCACCACAUUGUGCUAUAUGUGAAUGUGUAAAUAAAUACUGUUGGUUUGUCACAGAAUCUAUGAAUUUCACACUAAAUUGUGAUCUAUUUAUCAGAAAUUCCAAAAAGUACAAAUACUACAUUUUAAGUCUGGAAAAAAGAACGAUCAUAAAAGAGAAUGAGGACAAAUGUAAUAUUGUAUUUAUAAUAAUGCUGAAAAAGUUGGGGACAUCCUAUCUUUAAAUGAGUUUGAGGGUAUUCUAGCAGUGUGGAUGAGCUGUGUGUUUUUAUAUUAUGUAAUUUGAGUUAAAAUUAUAGCUUUCCAUUCUGACUUAUCUAAACAGAGGCAUUUAUAGAGGUAGUUGUGUUUUUAUUUAUGAAUGAUAUUUGUAAAAACCGAAAGCAUCAUUGUCCAAUACACUCUUAUUUUUCUAAGGAAUAAACAAGUCUGAUACAUCUAUAA